ACGACCACAGCUGCUCCAACUACAAGCACAGCUUCUCCCACUACGACCACAGCUGCUCCAACUACAACCACAGCUACCCCUACAACUACUACAGAGAAUCCAACAGCAACAAGAGCUUCUCCCACAACGACCACAUCUGGUCCAACCACAACCACAGCUUCUCCCACUGCAACCACAUUUGCACCUACAAAUUCCCCAACAACUACCUCAGAGGCUCCAACAACAACAGCCGCUCCUACUACAACAUCAACUGCACCUUUAAUAGCAACAGAGUUUCCAACAACAACCACAGCUUCUCCCACUAAGACCACAGCUGCCCCUACAACUACCACAGACACUCCAACAACAUCUGCAACUUCUCCCACUACAACCACAGCUGCCCCUAAAAAUACCACAGACACUCCAACAACAUCCACAGUUUCUCCCACUACUACCACAGCCACCCCAACAACUACCACAGAGGCUCCAACAACAGCCACAGCUACUCCCAGUACAACCACAGCCGCCCCAACAACGACAACAGUCGCCCCUACUACAACCACAGCUGCACCUACAACUACAAGAGCUGCUCCGAUUAUAACCACAGUUGCCCCUACAACAACCACAGCUGCUCCUACUACAACCACAGCUGCUCCUACUACAACCACAGCUGCCCCUACAAGUACCACAGUUGCCCCUACAACUACCACAGCAUCUUUUACAAGUAUCGCAACAGCCCCAACUUCUCUACCACAUUCAACUACAUCCACAACCAAAAUAGCUAUCCCUGCGACACAAACUUCUAGCACUACCAGAUUUACCACCACUAGCACAGGUGCAUCAACAGAACCCCCUCAACAAAAUGAGGGUUACCUCUUUCUGAGGAUGCGCUUGGUGCGGGUUUUCGUAAUUGAAUAUAACAACCCAAAGUCACCGCAAUAUCAAGAACUGGCUGCCAAUGUCACAGCUGAGCUGAAUUGGGGAUACAGGAAGCGGUACCCUUUCACUUUCCUGAGAUGCAUAAUUCUUGGAUUUUGGUAAGUGAUCCGUGACAAGAGAUUUAAGUUUAUAGGGGGGUCAGAUGGC